AUGGCGGCAGAUCCUGUUCUGCUCUCUCGUCCCCCUCUUGGUCAUCAACAUGUGACCAAGGAGGAUAUAGGACCCCCUAAACCUAUCAAACAAUUCCUCUGGGAGGACACGCCCCGUUUACUUAAGGACAUGAUGAGCACUUCAAGACUGCCAUUUACUGCUAAAGUACACACGGGGGAUAUAGGAAGUUACGUUUCAGCAUGGACAAGUCCCGAGGGGACCGGGGAUGACCCGGAAGACGAGGUGCUUCAUGUGGUGGAGACGAGGAGGAAGAAGGCGGUGGUGGUGAGGAAGAUGCAGUGGGACCGACAGACGGGAGACUACGCCGCGUGUGGGAAUAGAGUCGAGAUACCUGCUACAUAUAAAGGCUGGUUUGAAGUACUGCCCGAGGAUGGACGGCCAGUGGAGUACUUCGAUUCUAUCCAGGCAAUCACUAACGUCAAACCGCGACGGUUUCUCGUUCGAACGGCCACGGUAGGCUACCAGCUAAGCGCGGAGUCUGGGGUGAAUUCCUGGGUACCGUACGAGAUCCGUCCAGGUGCCGUGCUCACUACGGGCAUCAUCUUCAUGGACCAUAAAAAGACCCGAGCCAACGUCAAAAGUUUCUUCAAAAAACUGUUGCGGACAAACAGAAGUGGUAAAAAGGAGCAGGACCUAAAGUAUUUGCAGUGUUUUGAUACUUCUGGUACUGAAGUGAUGAUUCCUAUAAUCAUGUCUGGAGUCUUCAGUCCGAUUGGGGAGACGGCUGAAGAGAACUUCGACAGUGUAUAUGAACUACAAGACUUAAUACUUGCCUUCCAUUUACCAGUAAAAGCACAACUCAUUCACGAGGAAGAUCAGGAAUGUCCUAAUAUAGUGCCACACGGCAUGGUUAAAGUUGAGGAAGUGCGGGACACAGAGUGGGUCGUGUUCGGCAAGUAUCCUAUCACCAAUGUAGAGGAGGAUGUGUUCGAACUCCCUUUGGAUGCUAAUAUACAUUUACAAAAAGAUAUAUCAAGGAAACGUAAAUCUAAAAAGCAGACACCUCCAAAAGAAGACCCGCUUGUCGACAAGGAAGAACAUUUGUAUGUGAAUGAGGAAAAGAAGGAGGUAGAACUCCCUGUUAGAGUGAAAGAACAAAAGAAAAACAAAGUAGGUCUAUUCGAUAAAUUAAGUGUUAGGUCUAAAACAAGAAAAGAGCGAGCCAGUCUGAAAGCAUUACAAGUGGCGGGAGUAUUCACAUCGCGACUUAGUAAAAGUGAAGCGAACUUUGAGGACAUGACUAACAUCGACACGGCGACAGACGCUGAUGACGUAGAGGAUGGAAAGGCAAAUGACCUAGAUACCGGCGAACGAGAUAAAGGGGAUCUCCCACCGUCCCUUACGUCAGACAUGGACGAUAAAGUGACUUAUACAAGUGUUACUUUUAACGGUCCGGCCUACGGAACGUUCACAGGAUCAACACUAAGCCCACAAAAUCGUGAUCUUCCUCCUAUACCAAAAAGUCCAGGAUCGGAGAAGGAGGCUCUGUAUGAGGAGCUGCCCGUAGCUCCUAAACCCCCGCCUGUUGAUCCGGGAGAUUUCGGGUGUAGUGGAGGAGAGACGGAGACGGAUAACAUCGAAAGGAUACAUUCAGUGCAUGCAAUGUCAGGCGACAAGGGUGAUGAUGAUGAAGAUGGUUAUAUGAGCCCAGCGCAGCUACGAAUGAGAGCGGAACAAGCGUAUGUUACGGUUCGCAACAAACCUCCGAUGGCUCCACAUCGCGAGGCGAAACUUGUUCGUGCACGGAAAGCCCGAAGUGAAAUUCCAAGUAACUACAGUUAUGAUGCUAAAGAUAUGAAAGAUACUAACGAAAAGGAAAUCGACGAACUUUUUCGAUAUACUUUAGAAAAUGAGCAAAAGUUUCCUAAAGAUGGAUCAUAUACAUUGGGACAGUGUAGGCCAGCAGUUACCACCGAUUCAGCCUCCGAACCUAACACGUUUUCAUACGAAAGUGCUAUGAGAUUCGUUGACGACCAAUGCCUGGAGACCCGUUCAAACUCUGGAAUGCCAAAGUUCAGAUCGCGUUCUCACAGAAGCUUAAAUUUCGAUGCCAAUGCGACUGUUCGUAGUCAUAAUAUUCGUAAAAUGAAAAACGCUAUGGACGUAUUUAAUUUCAGUGAUUCUUUUCAAGACUUAAGCCGUAAUAAUGGAACUUUUACCAAUAAUGACCUUUCUACAGGCAUGCCACCUGGAACCACCGCCAGUUCAUUGUACAGCUCGGGCACUGAACGGAAUCCGUACAGUUCGCAUUACGCGCGAUCCUCCGUUUACACGGAGAGUGAGCCGGGAUUCAAGCGUUACAUGCGUUCAGCUUCCAUCUCCGGUCUCAGCGAGCCAUUAACACGUCACGCAGACGACUCCGCAAUAUCUGGAGACUAUGGUUACCAUGGUGACAGUGAAUACAGUUAUCAAGAAUAUUCCGAAUAUCACGAUGACCACUGGAUUCCUCCUGACGACCUUUCCUCUUUGACUGUUCUCGAGGUGUCCAAGUCUCUCCAUUACAUCGGCAUGAAGGACAGGGUGGUGAUAAGACUGGCUAACGAACAAGUAGACGGAAGUUUGUUAUGCUCUCUAGAUAAGCAGCUUCUAAGGGAGGGCUUUCCAGAACUCAAUGCUCUAGAUGUUAAGAAAAUUAUAGAUUUCAUAAAUGGAUGGCGACCGAAAAAGAAAUAA